AUGUUGCGCUGGUUGUCGCGGCCGGUAUGGAGGGGAUUCGGGGGUGACUAUGGGGUGGUGAGGGGGAUGCGGGUUAGUGCGGUGGUGAGGGGGGAAGCGAACAAGGAGGGGACGGGGCUGAAGAGCGAGGUGGAAGGCGCGGGUUCGGAGGAUAGGUUGGGAAAGGCACUGGUUCGAGAGUCGUCAUCGUCGCCGGAGGAGAUGAAUACGCGGCCGUUGCCGUACCUUUCGUUUGCGCUCGGCGUGGCUACUGCGCCAUCAUCGAGCUCGGCGACGUGGGCAGAGACGCGCGAUCGACUGGUGUCUACUGAACAUCGCAUGGCAACGCGCAAGGCGAUCAUACAGCAAGCUACGCGCGGCUACUUCCACGACUUCCACGCCAUCAAAUCACACGGCGGCAAAACAUGGCGCGCACCAAACACGCUCAUCAAAUCCUCGCGUUCGCUCUACUUUCCCAAAUUCACCGGCUCGCGUCUGAGCGACAAAGCAAAGUGCAACACUGUCGAUAUCCUGCGCAACAAAAUCUCAGUGAUCGCGCUCCUUGGAAGCAAGAUCUCGGAAGAACACACGAAAUCGUUUUACCAACCCACUCUAGAUACUUUUGCCACGCAUCCAAACUUCCAACUGGUCCAAAUCAACCUCCAACAAAACCCGCUCAAGAGCUACCUAGUCAGCCUGUUCAUCUCAAGCCUCAGAAACCACAUCGACGCGCGCUUUCAUUCAACCUACCUGCUCAGUAGCGACAACAUCGAACUCAUCAAAGAUGCGCUUGGCUACCACAACAAACACGUCGGCUACACCUAUCUUGUCGACGAAUCUGGUAGGAUCAGGUGGGCCGGAGGCGCAUUCGCCGAACACGCCGAGUGCACCGCUCUCAAGGCGUGCACCGGCGUCCUACUCGACCGCUUCCGAGACCACGCAAAAUCCACCACGAAAAAGUAA